GGAGAGAGGCGACGUGAGGCAGGCGGCCGGUUAGUCAGUCAGCCAGUCAGCCAGCCAGCCAGUCAGACAGACGCUGCGUGCGUGGAGAGACAAGAGUGACGGAGGUUCCCACACCAAACCCCGCUCCUGUGUUCAAUGUCGUGCGUGGACCAUCACCAGCGCGCCGCCGUGCGCGCGCACCUGGCCGGCAGCUUUCCGGUGGCCGCCGAGAGACACCGCGUGUGAUUUAUUAGCGUGUGUGUGUGUGUUGUUAUUGUUGUGUUGUAUGUGAAGGAGGCUGCCGUCCGCCGGCUCUGCGGCUGUUUUGUGUGUGCUUGUCGGUUGCCAGCCAUCCCGCCUCCCUCCUAUGGGACUCUAAUUCAUCGGAGGCAUGUGGACUCGCACCAGGAUUAGACAUCGCUUCUUAACAGCGUGCCUGCUCUUGACGUUAUGGGCCAAGGCGUCCCAGUCAACGGGCUAUUUCGAGUUGCAGCUGAUCUCUGUGGAGAACGUAAACGGCGAGCUGGCCGGCGGCGAGUGCUGCGACGGCUCCAGGAGCUCCCGGGAAGACCUGCGCUGCGUGGAGGACGAGUGCGACACCUACUUCAAGGUGUGCCUCAAGGAGUACCAGGGGGACAUUGCCACCGGGGGGCCCUGCACGUUCGGCGCGGGAGCCACGCAAGUUCUCGGUGGAAAUAUGUUGAGUUUUCAGAACGCAAAGAAUAAAAUCGACGAGGCCGGCAAGAUUGUGAUCCCCUUCCAGUUCGCAUGGCCGCGGACGUACACCCUAAUUGUAGAGGCCUGGGACUGGGACAACGUGACCCGGAACCACAACGAGGAGCUGCUGAUCGAGCGCACGGCCCACACGGGUAUGGUCAACCCCGGUGACCCGUGGAAGACCAAUACCUACAACGGGCCCGUGGCUCGCAUCGUCUACCGUAUCCGGGUGCGGUGCGAUGACAAUUACUACGGCAACAAGUGCAAUAAGCUGUGUGUUCCUCGCGACAACUACUUUGGCCACUAUCGCUGUGACCAGUCGGGCGACAAGGUGUGCCUGGAGGGAUGGAUGGGUCCUAAAUGUCAGACAGCAAUCUGCAAGCAAGGUUGUAAUCUGGAGCAGGGUGGCUGCACGGUUCCAGGGGAGUGCACGUGCAAGUACGGCUGGCACGGUGACUUCUGCAACGAAUGUACGGUGUUCCCGGGAUGCGUCCACGGCACUUGCAGCGUGCCCUGGCACUGCGACUGCGAGAGGAACUGGGGAGGCCUGCUGUGCGAUAAAGAUUUGAAUUACUGCGGCCGCCACCAGCCGUGCGUCAACAAAGGCACGUGCAUGAACACCGAACCAGACGAGUACUACUGCGCGUGUCCACAAGGCUACUCAGGCAAGACCUGUGAGAUCGCCGAGCACUCCUGUGUUUCCAGUCCUUGUACAAACGGCGGGACAUGCCAUGAAGGUCCCUCAGGGUUCGCGUGCCAGUGUCCGCCGGGCUGGGAGGGUCCGACCUGUGCACACAAUCUGGAUGAGUGCGCCUCCAAUCCAUGUGCCCGAGGUGGAACGUGCAUCGACCUGGAGGAUGGCUUUGAGUGUGCCUGUCCUCCAGAGUGGGAAGGAAAGACCUGCCAGAUUGAUGCUAAUGAGUGUGCAAGAAAGCCAUGCGUGAACGCUUAUUCUUGCAAAAAUUUGAUUGGUGGAUAUCACUGCGACUGUUUUCGGGGAUGGUCUGGACAAAACUGUGACAUCAACAUGAGUGGCUGCAAAGGACAAUGCCAGAACGGAGCUACAUGCAAGGAGGGCCCACACGGACACCACUGCCAGUGCCCGCCGGGCUUUGUGGGUUCUCGCUGUGAAAUCCAGAGGAACAAGUGUGACAGCGGACCAUGCCAGAAUGGGGGGCAAUGCCACCCUGUGCUGGGUGGCUUUGUGUGCCAGUGUCCAUCAGACUAUGCAGGAAAGCUGUGUGAGAUGCAGAUCUUGUCCCCUUCGGAUGCCUGCGAAGCGAACCCGUGCGAGAACCGGGCCAAGUGCCACAGCAUGGGCCAGGACUUCUACUGUGCGUGUCCUGAAGGCUUCGAGGGAAAGACCUGCGACCGCCCCAAAGAGGACUGCAAGACCACCCCGUGUCAAGUUAUCGACAGCUGCACCGUUGCUGUGGCAACCAACGACUCGGCAGAAGUGCGGCACAUCUCCUCCAACGUCUGCGGGCCUCGGGGGCGCUGUGUGAGCGGGCCGGCCGGCAACUUCACGUGCAUCUGUGACCCGGGGUUCAGCGGCAUCUACUGUCAUGAGAACAUUAACGACUGCAUCCAGAGCCCGUGUCAAAACGGGGGCACCUGCAUCGACGGCGUCAACUCGUUUCAGUGCUUCUGUCCUGACGGCUGGGAAGGACGGCUCUGUGACCUCAACGUCAACGAGUGCCGACACAACCCGUGUAAGAACGGGGGCCGCUGCGUGGACCUCGUGAACGACUUCUACUGCGAGUGUGCCGACAGCUGGAAGGGCAAGACCUGCCACUCGCGCGAGAGCCAGUGUGAUGCCACCACCUGCAGUAACGGCGGCACCUGCCAUGACCACGGCGACACCUUCCGCUGUGCCUGCCCCCCGGGAUGGGGAGGAAACACGUGCAACACAGCCAAGAACAGCACAUGCGCCUCCAGUCCGUGCUCCAACGGUGGAACCUGCGUGGGAGGAGGAGACACCUUUUCUUGUAUCUGCAAAGAGGGCUGGGAAGGUCCCACCUGCAGCCAAAAUAUCAACGACUGCAACCCUCAUCCAUGCUAUAACGGCGGUAUCUGCGUGGACGGAGUCAACUGGUUCCGCUGCGAGUGCGCCCCCGGGUUCGCCGGUCCCGACUGCAGGAUCAACAUCAACGAGUGCCAGUCAUCACCCUGUGCCUACGGCGCCACCUGUGUGGACGAGAUCAACGGCUUCCGCUGCGUUUGUCCACUUGGCAGAACUGGAGUCAGAUGUCAAGAGUUCAUAGGUAUCGGGAAGUCUUGUCAGUACGUCGAUCUGCAGUUUCCUCACGGCAGCCGCUGGGAGGAAGAGUGCAACAGCUGCCAUUGCAGCAACGGAAAAGUGGACUGCACAAAGGUGCUGUGCGGUCGCCGGCCCUGCCGCCUCCCGUCGUCAGACCAGGACCAGCCGGCGCAGUCUUGCCCUGCCGGACGGAAGUGUGUUCCCCACAGAUACCUGACGUGCUUCGCCCCUCCUUGCCAUCAGUGGGGGGUUUGCUCGGUGGGUAGAACGUCGCUGGCCCUCACACAGACCACCAGCACCAAGUGCCAGCCGAACGGCGGGCACCUGGACAACAACUGCGGCCGCGUCACCUUGGUUUUCAACAAAGACAAAGUCCCGCCAGGGACCACAGUGGAGAACAUCUGCUUUGAGCUGAGGUAUCUUCCUGACACCCGGACUUUGGCCAAAGACCACAAUCUCCUGCUGCUUUGCGACUUGUCUCGUUCCACUCAGGACGCUGUGGAAGUGGCCAUAUCCUUCCAGCCCGAGGAUCUCGCGGACCACAGUCUGAUUCAGGAGACGGCCAACGCCAUCGUGGGCACCUUGUCCAAGCGCCACAACAGCACCAUCAUGUUGGCGGUCAUUGAGGUGAAGGUGGAGACGCAGGUCACGUCUGCUUCCUUAGAUUACCUGCUGCCUCUCCUCUGCGGAAUCUUCGGCUUGCUCUGCCUUUCCUGCAUCAUCGUUUGCGUCUGGUGGACUCGCAAACGGAGAAAAGCUCGCGAAAGGAACGCGCACCUCCCGUCCGACGUCAACAACCACUGGGAGCCUCUUCGGCUCGUCGGAGGGCGUCCGCAGCCGCAGUCGCAGCUGAAAGAGAACAACAGGGAGGCGGAGCAGGAGCGCAAAAAGCUCAUGGAGCCUUCUUAUCGGACGUGUGAUGAGGGAGAGGAGGAGGAGGAGACGGAAGGCGAGCAGGAGCUGGAGGAGGAGGAGGAGGAAGAAGAGGAGGAGGACGAGAUGUGCGGGGCGGAGGCGUCUUCUAAGAACUCCAAGACUGCCGUGCAGUCAAGCACGGGUCUGAUCUGCACCACGCACACUUCCAGUUCGCCCCUAAAGGCGCCACAUCGGACCCCCGGCUACAACCCCAAAGACAACCGCUGGAAAAAUGUCAGCGCCGUCACGACGGGCCAGAAGGACGUCCGAGAUCAUUGCGUAUGAGACAUUUCAAGGAAAGACUCGCCAGGUGGGAGCGAGCCGCUGCCAUGAGGCGGCCACUUUUUUUUGGUUGUUGUCUUUUGGGACUAAAAAGGCUUUGUUUUGUUUUUUUAAAUAAGCCAUUUUUAUUUAGUUUUUGUCACCUGACGUGAUGUUUAGGUUCAGGCACCCUCAGUUCUUUGUCAGGCGGGAAAAGAAGCCCGCUGCGAUUUACGUUGAUGUACCAGAUAAGAAACAAGGAGAAAAAUCCGUAUUAUGAUUUUUGUUUUUUUGCGUUCCAGACAGUUAUGACUUGUGGUCCCAUCAGACUUCUGUUAGAUGUCCCGGGCCAGGAAGGAAAACCUUACCCCUGCUCUUUGUCGCUCCGGCCAAGAAACCCCACAGUGCCUACUUUGUGGCCUUCAGUCUUUUUAUCCCGUCUUCUCAGUCGUCUGAGCUCUUUUUUUUUUUUCUUUUAUGACCAUAUUCAUUAUUUUUUUGUUUUUUUGUUUUUUUGCAGUAUUUGAGUUGGUAGCAAGUGCCUUUCUCACUCCAAGUCGCGCUGCCCAGUUUGACCUCCUCGCUUUGGACAUUUAAAGAGUUCCAUUUCACAGCAACGCCAUUCAAGGUAUUUGAUCCGAACAGAAAUGAACACUCUGUACAUAUUUGUAAAUACAAAAAAAAAAAAAAAAGGAGGAGUCGCUGUGUAAAUUUGAAGUAAAUAACUUAAGACAAGUCACACAUUUUUAUUAUUAUUAUUAUUAUUGUUGUUAUUAUGAGUAAUAUUAUUUUUUUUACAACGCCAUUCCUUUUAUUUAUGCCAGUGGAAAUAGGAAGGUUUUAUAAAACGUCAACAGGCCCACACUUAAGAACCUUUACAGUGAGGUACCACCCAUGAAGGACUUUUUUGAAGGGUUUAAAAAUGGUUAGUUUUUUUUCUUUUUUAUUAAAAAAAAAAAUGCUUUGAUUUCAUCCAGACUCUUCAUAGCUAAACGGUCAAAAAUGUAUUUCGGCCUUAAAAGCCAUUUCUAAGCCCGUCAUUAAGCCCUUUCUGUUUCAGGUGCCUUAAUGUAACCAAUCAUGCAUUAUUUGUGUCAUGAGUUGUCAUCUUUUUAUGCUUUUUUUUUGGUUUGUUUUCACGAGUAACUUUAGAAAAAAAAAAAAAAGACGAAAAAAAAACAACUGUUGUAUUGUGGCGUGUUUUAUUCGCCUUAGUAAAGUGCUUUUCUUGUCUCGCUUUGCUUUCGGGAUGGAGAUGAAAAGACGCUUGUCCACCGCGGUGCUUUUUUUCCGCGUCGCGAAUGUGGACGUCCGGUCGGGUCAAAUGUUGGGUUUCACGGCUUUAACCAAGGAGACCAUGUUUGCUGCAGCGAGCCUGCAGCUGUGUUUGUUUCAGUUACCAACUCAGUCCACUCGGGAAAGAAAAAAAAAAGUUUCAACCCCGCCCCUUUUUUUUUUCCCACACCAUGUAAGACCAUCAUAUUUUCUGUUUCACGGGACGCAGAAAAAAUAAAGAAUUCAAGCGGCAUCACUGCUGGUGUAAAAACUGAAUAUGCAUAUUUUUCAUUCUAUAUGGUUUUUGUACAAAGGAAAGCUUUUCGUGAAUGUUUCAUGGUCCCUUAUUAAAGCUCUUUUGACACUUUCUCA